AGAAAUAUGAGCUCCGUGACGUGGCAGAGUCAGUGUGUGAGAGUGUGAGACACACACAGAAGCUUCAGCUCGAGCAUCUUCAGCAUGUGGACGAUCAUCUUCACUGCCCUGCUUCCAUCCUUCAUCCUAUCAUAUGAAGUGGACACCAAAAAACUCAAUGGUCUUGCGAAGGCCAGAGUGGAGACGUGUGGUGGAUGACAGCUGAAUAGGCUGAGGGAGGUCAAGGCCUUUGUGACCCAGGACAUUCCUCUUUACCACAACCUGGUGAUGAAGCACGUUCCUGGGGCCGACCCUGAACUCGUCCUUCUCAACCACUACUAUGAAGAGCUAGAUAGAAUCCCAUUAUCUGAAAUGACUCGCACGGAGAUACACAAUCUAUUGGCAGAACUGGGCUUUUAUAAAAAAGAGAAUCCCGAAGAUCAAGUGCCCGAGGAGUUUCGCUUCUCUCCGGCGAAAGACAGUCCGUUUGAGGGCCGCCAGUCCACCAGUCCUCCCACUGAGACUGACACACACCAGUCAGAUGUGGACUCCCAGCACACAGAUCUGUAACCCCUUACAUAAACAUUGUGAGACCUGGUUGAUUUACAAUUACCGUGAGAACUAAAACUGAGCCAAAGUCCCUCUCUCCUUGUUAAAUGUGGCUUAAAAAUAGUUCACCACACAUUCAACAAGUCGAUUUAAGUGGCAUUAUUCAGUUCAGACACUGAUUGAAAAAUCCGCAUUUUAAAGGUCAGAGUUAGUGAGUCGUAUAGUUUAUGUUUGUGGCAGUGAACGGUUCCAGUGUUUCGCUCUCACUGUACUGUACAUAACCUUAUUUCUGCCCAGAGGGACGAUAAUGAUGUCCACAGCUGUAAAGCCUGAGACUGGCUGAGGACUGAUGAUCUGUGUUCUCAUGGGCAGGAAUCAGGCCUUCAGACUGUGGGAGCGCAAACACCACUGAGAAAAUAAAGGCUUUGAAUAUCA